UGCCCACCCCACCUAUCCCACUCCCUGCUCAGGCACCACAGCCACAAGUGUUAGUUGCAAUGCAGCUAAUGCAGAUGUUUCAGUUCCAGAUGCAGCAAAUCUCCACCCUGCUCAACACGGUGCAGAACCUACUAGCCAACGCUGCACGCCCAAUGGAACAAGCGCCACCUACAGCAACAUCUACUGCUAUACCGCCUCUUCGACUGUUUCGUGAACAAGUGGAGGAAUGGCUCAAGUGGUUGUCCCAAUUUGAAGCCCACAUCCUCGCUCACCAUGUACCAGAUUCAUGGAUCCAGAGGGCAGUGUGGCCGCAGGCAGCCGCCAGAGAGUGUCAUCACGACAACUCAGGACGACCCCAUGGAGACGGCGCCUUCCCCUCCUCUCGUCCUACUGAUGGAGGGUGGACCCACCCACACCACAGCAGUUGCCACCUUCAUCUGGUUCAUGGCCUCAGGAGGUGGACGUGUACCCUUCUCAUAGUUUUCCGGGGGACGUUUCCACCAGAGCAAAUGCCGGAUGGUGGGAUACGACCGGAAGCUUGACAGUUUCCAGUCCAGCGAUGCACCCACCCUCCUGACUCCCCAGCCGUGAUGGAACUCCCUACACUUUGGGGGGAGGGGGGAAGGGGGGGGGGACAUUCCGGCGUAAUGACAAGUGGCGGCAUACAGAUGAAGAAUGCAAGAGCAGAGAAGGCUGUGAGAUGACGCCAGCCAAUAGUUCGCUGACUAGGACCGCACCAUGACAGGAGCUGCCUCUAGCCGAGGAGAAUAUAAGUGCUGUUCCUGCCAGUCUCAGCUGAACAGCAGAAGACGGACACUAGUGAUCCAUAUCCAUUACUUGCAUGGACACUGUAUAUACCAAAGGACAUUGAUUAUUUGCAUGUCACCCAUUGUUUGUGACACCAUUGUAAAC